CAUAUAAACCCAUCCACCCCUUCUCUCACUCUUAUCACUCCAUAAACACUUUCAAGUUUCACCCAAUUCCUCAAAUCUUCAUCUUCUUCUUCCUUUUCUUCUUCAGCAAGCACUCACUGUUUGAUUUCAUCAUCUUAUCUUUCUGUAAUGGCUCUUGAAGCUCUGAAUUCUCCAACUACUCCAUCACCGGCGCUUCACUACGACGACCCAAAUCUCGAUUCGUUGGAGUCUUGGUCUAAGAGGAAGAGAACCAAGCGUCCACGUGGGUUCGACAACCCUCCUACAGAGGAAGAGUAUUUAGCCUUAUGUCUUAUCAUGCUUGCUCGCGGUGGCGCUACCGCUACACCAGACUCUGACAACCCACUUGACUAUGAAGUUCCGAUUCCGGCUCAACCCAUAUCGGUUGUUAAACUUAGCUACAAGUGCUCUGUUUGUAGUAAGGCCUUUUCGUCUUACCAAGCUUUGGGUGGACAUAAAGCCAGUCAUAGAAAAUCAGCUACAGGGGAAGACCAAUCCACCUCCUCCACCACAACCACUUCCGCCACCGCCACAGCCACCGCCUCCGUCGGUGGAGGUAAAUCCCACGAGUGCUCCAUUUGUCACAAGUCUUUUCCCACAGGUCAAGCCUUAGGCGGCCACAAGCGUUGCCACUACGACGGCGGACUCAGUAACAACAAUAACAACAACAACAACAACAACAAUCACACACAGAGUCAUCACAACAACGCCGCCGCCGCUGUGACAUCGUCGGAAGGAGUUGGGUCUACCCAUACACAGAGUCACAGCCACCGCGACUUUGACCUCAACCUCCCAGCCUUGCCGGAGCUAUCACCGGGAUUCUUCAUCUCUGCCGGUGACGACGAGGUCCAAAGCCCAUUACCUCUGAAGAAACCUCGUAUACUAACGAUUCCCAAAAUCGAAAUUUCUCAAAAUUGAUCAAUUGGGGAUCAUUCAGUUCCAGAAAUCUUAGGGAAAAGAAACACAAUUUCUUUGAAUUUGUUUGUUUAGUAGGUGAUUUGUUUGUAUGUAAAUAGAAGGAAAAGUAGAAAUUAGAUUGUAACCCCCCACCCACCAUUUAUCACGCUUUGUUUGUUCUACUCCUAUACCCACUAUUGUCCUUGUAAGUUCAUCCACAUGAUAAAUUCAAUUGAUUAUUCUUUGGUAA